AUGGCCAAGUGUGUCCAGAGUAAUCUGAACCAUAGUAGGGGGGCUCAGGAUCUACUGAGGCAGUUCGUGCUCGAGGAAGGGAUCGACAUAUGCCUAGUAUCCGAGCCAUACGUUGUCCCGGAUAUACCCACUUGGCUCAGCAGCGACGACGGCUUAGCGGCCAUACACUGGAGGGCAGGGGGUAACGCCGGCGAAGGCUCGCUCCUUGGGAAGGGUAGAGGGUAUGUGGCCGCUAAGAUUGGGGACAUUGCCGUCAUAUUGGUGUAUAUAUCCCCGAACAUACGACUGGCGGAGUUCAUUGCCCACCUGGAGGACUUGGCUCGGGUGAUCCAGCUGGCGGGGGACAGCGGACGGGGGGUACUUGUAGGGGGGGAUUUCAACGCCCGCUCACAUACCUGGGACCCUUCUUGGUCCAACCGUAGGGGAGAGCUGCUCGAGGAGUGGGUGGCAUCGUGUGGCAUGCGUCUCCGCAAUGCUGGCAAGACGGCGACAUGUGUGAGGCCACAGGGGUCGUCCGUCGUGGACCUGACAUGGUCGUCGGUAAAUCUGGGGCCGGUGAUCUAUGGGUGGCAGGUGUUGAAGGACCAGGAAACGCUGUCCGACCACCGGUACAUCUUGUACAGCGUUGGCGUUCCCAGACGCGAAGAGCGUAGGAGUGGAACGAGCCAUGUGCGGUGGAGUUGGUCGAAGUUCAACCCCGAGAAUUUUGCAGACGCUCUGUCCCUCACCCUCUCGUGGGGACCAGCCGGCGAGGACCACACAACACCGACGGGCCUUGCAGGGUGGAUCGAACGUAGUAUGACGCAGGCUUGUGAAAGCGACGCACUAGUGGAGCGAGGAGCUGGCGGAUAUACGCAGAUCCUGCGUAGCAGCGAGAGGGCGAGCAAGGCCAAGGCGUGGAGAGACCUCGUGGGUUCCGUGGAAGCGGACCCAUGGGGUCUGCCUUAUAAGUUGGUGAUUGGCAAACUGCGAACCUCCCAAAAAGGGUUGACGGAGACGCUGGAGGAGGACACUCUCAGAAGUCUCCUUAAUUCCCUCUUUCCAAGGGGAGACGGACGUGCACCGACAGCCCAGAGCGGCUCGCGAUGGGAUGAGGGAUGGGCGGUCACGACGGAGGAGGUCAGAGCCGCAUUAAAGAAAGGGUGCGCGCAAAGCGUCGCCCCAGGGCCGGUGGCGUAA